CUCACUGCCAGGGCCGUGGGCUGCCCGAGCGCCCCGUCCGUGUGGUCCCGUUCGGGGCGUCCUAACCUCUCUCCCCAGCUGCAAACCGCAUUGUGAGUGUUGUGAAAAGUGACUGCUUUCGGCUGGAGGCAACCCUGCGACCGCCUCCGGAGUGCUCGCGAGUUUUCCGCUGCCUGAGGACGACGAUGAAGACCCUCGCGCUGAAGCACCAAGCCACGGAGCUGCGAGUUUUCCCCCACGGCCGCACCGAGGCGCCACUGCUCCCUUUCUUCUUCCCGCUCUUUUGCCGCUGCUAGCUGUGUCCGUGGGCGAGUGUUUUGGUUUGUGAACCGAGUGAUGCUCGAAGUGAGAUGUGAGUGACUGGGACGGUGAUGACCUUCACCAGCGUCGUUGACCGGCGGCCUGGUGACUGGUGAUUCGGCGCGAUGGUGAAGUCCGUGAUGGCGGUCAAGGUGCUCGUCGUCCUGGUGGCCGCCGUCGCCCUGCUGCAGCCCGCGGUGGCCAACCCGGACGCCAAGCGUCUCUACGACGACCUGCUCAGCACGUACAACCGCCUCAUCCGGCCCGUGUCCAACAACACCCACACCGUGCUCGUCAAGCUGGGCCUCCGACUGUCGCAGCUCAUUGAAUUGAACUUGAAAGAUCAGAUCCUGACAACCAACGUCUGGCUGGAACAUGAGUGGCAGGAUCACAAAUUCAAGUGGGACCCGCAGGAGUACGGCGGCGUCACGGAGCUCUACGUCCCGUCCGAGCACAUCUGGCUGCCCGACAUCGUGCUGUACAACAAUGCGGACGGCGAGUACGUGGUGACCACCAUGACCAAGGCCGUGCUGCACUACACCGGCAAAGUCCUGUGGACGCCGCCCGCCAUCUUCAAGUCUUCCUGCGAGAUCGACGUGCGGUACUUCCCCUUCGACCAGCAGACGUGCUUCAUGAAGUUCGGGUCGUGGACGUACGACGGAUUCCAGAUUGAUCUGCAGCACAUCAACCAGAAGGUGAACGAGAACAUGGUGGAGGUGGGCAUCGACCUCAAGGAGUACUACCCGUCCGUGGAGUGGGACAUCCUGGGCGUCCCCGCCGAGCGGCACGAGCGCUACUACCCCUGCUGCAACGAGCCGUACCCGGACAUCUUCUUCAACAUCACGCUGCGCCGGAAGACGCUCUUCUACACCGUCAACCUGAUCGUGCCGUGCGUGGGCAUCAGCUACCUGACGGUGCUCGUGUUCUACCUGCCCGCCGACUCCGGCGAGAAGAUCGCCCUGUGCAUCAACAUCCUGCUGUCCCAGACCAUGUUCUUCCUCCUCAUAUCCGAAAUCAUACCCUCGACGUCGCUGGCGCUGCCGCUGCUCGGCAAGUACCUGCUCUUCACCAUGUUCCUGGUGGGCGUGUCCGUCGUCAUCACCAUCAUCGUGCUCAACGUGCACUACCGCAAGCCCUCCACGCACAAGAUGGCCUCCUGGGUGCGGAAGCUCUUCAUCCGGUGGCUGCCCAAGGUGCUCCUCAUGCGAGUGCCCGACACCAUGCUGGCCGACCUCGUGGGCAACCGGCGGCUGUUCCGACUGUCAACGAAAAAGGCCCGCCAGAUGCAGACCUCGGCCUCGCAGGUGGUGGCCUCGUCCUCCACGGCCUCGUCGCCCGAUUCGUUCCGCCUGCCGCCCGGCCGGCCAGGGGGCUGCAACGGGCUGCACACGGGCCCCACCAACCGAUUCGCAGGCCUGUCGUCCGUGCUGGCGGGCCUGGACGACAGCCUCUCCGACGUGGCGGUGCGCAAGAAGUACCCCUUCGAGCUGGAGAAGGCCAUCCACAACGUGCUCUUCAUCAAGCACCACAUGCAGCGGCAGGACGAGUUCGACGCGGAGGACCAGGACUGGCGUUUCGUCGCCAUGGUGAUGGACCGCCUCUUCCUGUGGAUCUUCACGGUUGUGUCGCUGGCCGGGACCGUCAUCAUCUUGUGCGAGGCGCCGUCGCUCUGGGACGACACCAAGCCCAUCGACACGGAACUCUCCAACGUCGCCCAGCAGCAGUACCUGCCCAACUUCGCCAACGACAUGUCGCACGCCACGGCGGGCAUUGAGUAAUAGUGCUUCCCCCUUUAUGUUUCGUCUCCUCCCCCCCCCCCUCCGAAUCGCGAUUCCCCUACCUUAAAAAUGUUUUUAGUGAUAUGCCUCCCUCUACGCCGAGCUAUCCCCUCCACGUCACAUGUUCCCCCUCCACCGACGUACCGCGGCGCUUUCAGCCACCCACCUUCUCCCUCUACCCCGAAAUUGCCCCCACCAAGGUGCGCCCCCCUCCCUCUUCUUCUCCCGCCUUCCACGCCCCCACUUUUUCCUCUCUGUCCCUUCCCCUUGCGAUGCAGGGACAAUCAAGGAUUUCGCUCACGCCAUAUCGUAAUCAUCAAUUUCAUUUUCCCUGCUUUAAGUGGAGCUCAAUCCUAAAGUGUGCCAAAUAAUGCAGAAGGCAUGUUAAAUUUCGAGUCAAGGGUGAAAAUAAUGAAAAAGUUUUGCUUCCCAGAAACUUUGUGCUGGGACUAAGGCAUAAAAAAGAAUGAAUAAGCUCAAAUAGCUUUGAAAUAUAUAAACUUUAAUCUUUUAUGAUAGACCGAAAAUAAAAUGUAAAAUUAAAGUGGUACGCCUUAGCGUCUAAUCGCCUUAAGACUUUUUAAAUAAAUUUAAAUGAAUUUGCUUUUAAUGUUGUCAAAUAUAAAUCUCAUGCCAAACUUAGGUAAAUUUACGCAUUGAUAACUAAAGCAUUCUGUACUUUUUGCUGCAUUCUUUUCUUUUCCUUUACACUUUUCUGGCGUUAGAAAAUGGUAAAACAGUGAUAUUCAUGUUUAAACUUAAAACAUCAAUUAGCAAGUCUAGCCUUAAACUUAAUGAUACGUAGGUGUGGAACGUUUAACACAGGGGCAGAACCCCAAUCGAAAAAUUGUUUUGGCCCGUUUGAAGAGGACGCCGACUGCUCAUCUUUGUACAUAUGUAAAAAGAACAAAAUUUUAGAGCAUAAUGUUUUAGACUGAUUACGGUGCUCUGAUUGUUUUGUUAUGUUUUUAUUGUUGAUUUUUUUUUUCGGAAUUUAGCGGCUGUGGCCGAGCCACUCGCCCACACGGUCGUGAUACGCCAAUGCACAGAGUAUGUAUCAUCCAAGGCGUGUAAUAAAUGUUCUUUUCAGACAGUC